GAUCUCCGUAUAUAAGCACGAGGCCACUGCACGCUCUCACAAUCUUGACUAAGGCAGGCAGUCCUUUCUUCCAAACCCUAGCACAGCGCCCAACAAACCACCCCCACCCUCUCCCUCUCUCGCCCUAGGUCUUGCUGCAUUUCCGGCUAUGUGAUGCUGACACGAAUUUUUGUUUUCCGUUCUAGAGUACAGUAGUACGUUGUCGGUAAUGGCUUCCGCAUGCGUCAACAACAUCGGGAUGUCGCCUGAUAACAUUUUCGACUGCCCUCCGGCGACAUUCCCUCCGUACGGUUGGCUCAGUCCUCGCAUCUCUUUCAGCCGCGAAGAAGACUCAUCGAAACUUGCCGGAGUCAAAGCUCCCUCCGCGGCUGCCAUGAAACCUUCCAAGAAGCCAGAUCCAGAAGCUUCAUCUACCGAUUUUGAGUUCAGCCUCGAAGAUCCUGUCGCUAUGCACCCUGCAGACGAGCUGUUCUCCGAAGGAAAGCUCGUGCCUCUCCAGCUCUCAGCGGUAAAGCCCUCGGUCAUAGAGCCCACAACCUCGUCGGAGAUAAUGUCGCCGGAGUCCACCAACUCCCGGGGGAGAGCCGAGGUUUCCGGUACGGACUCCUACCUGUUUUCUCCAAAAGCCCCAAGGUGUUCGAGUAGGUGGAAGGAGCUUCUAGGGCUGAAGAGGUUUUACCAGAACGCUAACAACAAACCUGAAACCCACAAGGCGACUUGGAGCGCUAACCAUAGGUCUCUAAAGCAUUUUCUCCACAGAAGCUGUUCAAGAUGCUCGUCGUCUUCCUCUGACGCGUUGAUGAGCCUCCCGUUGUUGAAUGACCAGGACUGUGAGUCGGUUUCCAUAUCCUCGCGCCUCUCUCUUUCCUCAUCAUCCUCUGGACCCGAACACGAAGAUGUCCCUAGGCUUUCCCUGGACUCUGACAAACCAAACUCGAACCCGAUUUCUCUUCACCGGAAUCCCAACAACCCACCAAGGAUGAGAAUGGUGAAACCGAGGGCAAUAUCGUCGGAUAAUAAUACAAAUCCGAUGAGGAUGGGACGAAGCCCGAUGAGGGGAACGGGGGAGCAAUCAGGUGGGGCGGGGAGUAGAGGGGUAUCCUUGGAUAGCCCGAGAAUGAACUCAUCAGGGAAGAUAGUGUUUCAGAGCUUGGAGAGGAGUUCGAGCAGUCCGAGUAGCUUCAUUGGAGGGCCAAGGACGUUGAAGCAUAAGCAGAGGGGAAUGGAGCGCUCAUACUCGGCGAACGUGAGAGUCACUCCGGUUCUCAAUGUUCCGGUUUGUUCGCUUCGUGGGUCCUCCAAGUCGGUCGCCGUGUUUGGGUUAGGCCAACUGUUCUCGUCGCAGCAGAAGAGAGAAGGUAACGGGGCAAUAGAGGCUCGCAUAGUAACUGCAGGAACCGCACUGAUCGAACCUGAGGGGAGCGGAGGAACCAUUGGGUCAUUGCUAAUAUUUGAAUAAAGCAAAUAUUGAUCACGUGGGAGUUGGAUUGGUUGGUUUCUAGGUAGCCAGCUUACUUAAUUCGGGCUUUCUUUCUUUCUUUAACUGAUUUUAGGAUUUUAGGCCGUGUAUGUGUCGUGUAAAUAUGCGCCAGGAAGGAUUGGGGAUCUUGAAGCUGGCUUUUCUUUGCUGAUAA